AUGGCCGACGAUUGGGCAACUGAUGUUGUUGAAGAGACUCCAGCCUUCGAUGUGCCGGCAGUCGAGCUACCCGAAGUGAAGCUGUUUGGCAAAUGGAACCUUCAAGAAGUGAACGUGUCCGACAUCUCGUUGGUCGACUACAUUGCCGUCAAGGACAAAAACGCGAAAUACACUCCACACAAUGCUCAACGCUACCAAAUUCGCCGUUUCCGCAAAGCCACCUGCCAUAUUGUGGAGCGUCUCAGCAACUCGCUCAUGAUGCACGGACGCAACAACGGAAAGAAACUCAUGGCUGUGCGCAUUGUGAAACACGCUUUUGAGAUCAUCCAUCUCAUGUCUGGAGAGAACCCCGUGCAAGUGCUCGUGAAUGCCGUUAUCAACUCUGGACCUCGUGAAGACUCCACUCGUAUUGGACGUGCUGGUACCGUUAGACGACAAGCCGUUGACGUCGCUCCACUUCGACGUGUUAACCAGGCUAUCUACCUCUUGUGCACCGGAGCUCGCGAAUCUGCUUUCCGCAACAUCAAGACGAUCGCCGAGUGUCUCGCUGAUGAGUUGAUCAACGCUGCCAAAGGAAGCUCCAACUCGUACGCCAUCAAGAAGAAGGACGAACUUGAACGAGUGGCCAAGUCUAACCGU